AUGAAUUAUGAUUUAACAAAUCUGCCCGAUUAUUGGUACAGAAAAGAAAUAGAGAAAGCUCGCAGAGACCUACGUUAUUUUAUCUUCAGCAAAGAAUGCGCGCCAAUCAUGCUUCGUUUAGCAUUUCAUGAUGCUGGAACGUAUUGCAAACGUACGGGGACUGGAGGUCCAAAUGGCUCCAUCAGGAAGCCUGAAGAGUUUGAACAAAGUUGUAAUAGAGGACUAAAAACAGCCAUUGAUUUUUGUGAAGAAAUUAAGCUAAAGCAUCCGAUGAUCUCAUAUGCAGACAUAUAUCAGUGCAAUGUAUUCAUCGGGUCGAUAACUGAUUCCGGGUCACUUAACUUACUUCCAACUAAGUCAGACAAACUACACUUCCGUGGAUGUACAAACGACUUAGACACUUGCAGGCAUUGUUGCUGUGGAGAUCAGUGGUGGCCCUACCAUUGA